GAACACGGUCAGUCACGAUCGUGAAACGAAAGCGUCCGCAACUACCCCAAAAGGAGAAGUAGGAGGACAUCGCGAAAUUAGUACGCGAGCCAGGGUCUAACAACGAUCUGUAGAAGAGUUCAAAGCAUUCAAGUAUCAGACACACGCGAAAAGGCGGUCGAGUAAACAGUAGUACUGGAAUCGCGUAAAGGAUUACACCACCUGUAAGGAAGAUGUGUAUCUUAACAAGGUGUGACAAGCGACAAAACAAGCGAAGUGUGCAAAUUUAUGCAAAAAACCAAACACAGCCGGCGGUUGAGUUGAUAAAGUUCAAACACCGCACAACACGUCACUAUUAAUAAAAUCCGUACCACAGGAAGAAGGAUUUACGUGCGGUGAAGCACCGAGUGUGCAAUUGAAUAAACAUUGUAGGAGUUUGAGAUAGUGAAAAAAACGAAUUGAGUGAAAAAAAUAUUUUGUGGUUAAGCAGCAACAAAACAUCGUCAAUAUGAAUACGGAGGAGUUUCGGAAGUACGGGAAACAGAUGAUCGACUAUAUCUGUGACUAUGGGCAGACGAUCGAUACACGAGAUGUCGCCCCAACAGUGGAUCCUGGUUUCCUCCGUAAACUGUUGCCAGACGAAGCGCCACAGAAGGGCGAAGAUUUCAAGCGCAUGCUAGAUGACGUCGAGACGAAGAUCAUGCCCAAUAUGGUGCACUGGAAUCAUCCGCGCUUUUUCGCCUACUUUCCGUCCGGCAACUCGUAUCCUUCGAUUCUCGGUGACAUGCUGAGCAGUGCCAUCGGGUCAAUAGGUUUCUCGUGGGCAUCCAGUCCGGCCGCUACCGAGCUCGAAACGAUCGUCCUCGAUUGGUACGCGAAAGCACUCGAUCUGCCAUGCUUCUUCCGUAGCGACGCGAAAGGUUCGCGGGGCGGUGGCGUACUGCAAGGAUCUGCGUCCGAGUGUGCACUCGUGUGCAUGAUGGCGGCGCGGGCUCGUGCCAUCAAAGAGCUGAAAGGAAAUCAUGUCGAUGUGCAUGACAGUGUCUAUCUACCUCAGCUGGUCGCAUACGCCUCCAAGGAAGCGCACUCAUCGAUCGAGAAGGCGGCCAAGAUGGCGAUCGUAAAGUUGCGCGCACUGGACACCGACAGUCGAGGUGUGUUCCGUGGCGAUACACUUCGGCAAGCCAUUCAGGAAGAUUUGGCCCAGGGAUUGACACCGUUCUUUGUGGUCGCUACCGUUGGCACAACAUCCGCCUGCGUCUUUGACCAUCUCGUCGAGAUUGGACAGGUGUGCAGGGAGGUCCGCAGCAUCUGGUUCCACGUGGAUGGUGCGUAUGCGGGCAAUUCCUUCAUCUUGCCCGAAAUGCGCCGCUUCAAGGAGGGCCUGGAGUAUGCCGAUUCGUUCAACACCAACCCGAACAAGCUGCUGCUGACAAACUUCGACUGCUCGGCCAUGUGGGUGAAGGACGUCAAAUCACUCACGACCGCACUGGCCGUUGAUCCGCUUUAUUUGCAGCAUGAUCACAGCAGUGCGAUCGACUACCGGCAUUAUGGAAUUCCACUAAGCAGACGCUUCCGGGCAUUGAAGCUGUGGUUCGUGUUCCGCUCGUACGGUAUCGUUGGGCUGCAGAAAUACAUUCGCAAUCAUAUAGCAUUGGCAAAACGCUUCGAAUCAUUGGUUAACUCUGACGAUCGCUUUGAGGUGCGCAACGACGUAAAUCUGGGACUUGUCUGUUUCCGACUAAAACAACAGGAUCGCAUCAACCGGGAUCUUUUGGCGAGGAUUAACCAGUCGGGCAAAUUCCACAUGACCCCUGCGAUGGUGCGGGGCAAAUAUAUUAUUCGUUUCUGUGUCACAUACGAACAUGCCACGGAGGAACAUAUAGAUUACGCAUGGGAGGAAAUUAAAAAUUACGCCGAAGAAACACUGGCUGCCGAGUGUCCGGAAGAGAUCACAGAGCCUGUCCCGGCGACGAAAAAGCCUCCGAAGAAGCUUACCCGCAGCAUGUCCACACGAUUCUCCUUCACGCGCAGUGUCUCACGAGAGAUCUUCGAACGACAAAACAGCCGCUCUCAACUUACGGACGGAUGCACACCGAUCGUCAUCAUCGAUACCGAUGACAUUCUGGAGAGUUUACAGCGCGCCUCGCGGAUGAACGGCGAGCGAAGUUCGAACGACACGUACGACACAGACAGCACAGAUGAGGCCAGCAAUUGACUAAGCCGAGCUAACUCCUGUAUUUCCCGCGCGUCCCCGCUCACUUCGUCCUCCUCUGCCGAUGAGUCUCCGGAUGCGGAGGAGACGGAGGGAAGUACAGGCACGACCAUUAACCGGUGCAAUUCGGUCAAAAGGUCAUGCGCUAAAGACAAUGGGUAUAGCCGGUUGCACCACCAUCAGGAACAGCAGCCCCAUGAACCGGAUCCAAAACCAACCAAGUCGAAAAGUUGCUCGAAUAUUAAACAGUUGUGAUAGAUCCGAUUCGAUCGAAUGGUGUGUCGCAAUCGUUUUUAGCAAGCAUUUACCUUUUAUCGAUGAUAUCGACAGAAGAUGCCUGGUACGCAAGCCAUGUCGUACCGACUGAAAACAAGUAUUAUUUAUUUUAUACUAAACGCUAGCCAGAAUGUAUAGCAUAGAAGUCUUCCCGGUGUGGAAGAGUCUAGCAUGUAAGUUGUAUUCCUUUCUGACCAUGACGAAUUCAAUUUUCAUCAGCAUGUCAUUUCACUAACGAAAAGAACCCAGAAUAAGUAAGUCCCUCGUGGAUGGCGGGCUUUAUGCCUACAAAUUAAGAUAAUGAAACGUUAUGUGAACCACAAGCACUUAAAAUAAAAUGAUGUAUGUAUGAA